AUGGCUACGGAGAAAGGACACAGCAGGGAUGAUGAGGAAAGGGUGCCGCUAACUCGAGGGAGCACAGAAUUCCGUAACUCAAUAGACUCAUUCGAUUACUCGUCCUCCACCGCUUCGCUGUCUCUCGCCGUCAUUGACAGAAUCAAUAAUUCGACGCAAGAUGCGGGGCUAAGCGAGAAAGGGCCCCGUGACGAUGACGACGAUCGGUACUGGGACGACGACGUUGAGUAUGACGUCGAGGAUGCGGACUAUAUCCCGUCCGGAGGGAAGCCGAUGCACAAAAGUGUUAAGAUAGCGUUGUGGUCACUUUUAUUCCUCUCUCUGGGUGGAUGGUCUCUUGCCUUCGUCCUUUUUAUAUUCAGGAGUCACGACACAUACCAAACGCCCAUCUUGUCAGAGGAUAACAUAUCAAGUGGAGGGCUUCGAGGGGAUCGGAUAACGUUGGACGACGUGCUUGGGGAAGAAUGGAUGCCGCGUCACCACUUUAUAUCGUGGUUCCCAGGUCCGAAUGGCGAGGAUGGAUUGCUUCUUGAGAAAGAUGGCCCCGGAUCUACUGGAUACUUGCGCGUGGAAGACAUUGUCAGUCGCAAGGAUACGAAUUCUUCCAAAGGCUCUAUUGUUUUGAUGCAGAAGAAUACUUUUACAGUGGGAGGAGAAACCGUCAUCUGCUCUCAGGUUUGGCCGAGCCCGGAUUUGAAGACGGUUCUGGUGCUAUCCGAGAAAAAACAGAACUGGCGCCAUUCGUUUACUGGGAAGUAUUGGCUGUUUGAUGUGGAUACUCAAACGGGACAGCCACUCGACCCCGCUGCUCAAGAUCAGAGGAUCCAGCUUGCUUCUUGGUCUCACAAAUCAGAUGCUGUUGUGUUCACAAGAGAUAAUAACAUGUUUCUUAGAAAACUAAGUUCAAAGGAAGUUAUAACGAUCACUUCUGAUGGCGGUGUUGACUUGCUUUAUGGAGUGCCGGAUUGGGUUUAUGAGGAGGAGGUAUUUUCAGGCAACAGCGCGACUUGGUGGGCACAUGAUGGCAACUAUAUUGCAUUCCUUCGGACCAAUGAGUCUGCGGUGCCUGAGUACCCUAUACAGUAUUUCGUGUCCCGACCAAGUGGGGAGGACCCCAAUCUUGGUGAAGAGAAUUAUCCCGAAGUGCGGGAAAUUAAAUACCCCAAAGCUGGCGCACCGAAUCCCAUCGUAGAUCUCCAAUUCUAUGAUAUUAGGAAGGGCGAAAUCUUUUCAGUGGACGUUGCGGAUAGAUUUCCCGAUGACAAUCGCCUCAUCAUUGAGGUUCUGUGGGCCUCGAAUGGGAAGGUUCUUGUCAGAGAGACUAACCGAGAAAGUGAUAUUCUUAUCAUUGCCGCUAUCGAUGUGUUAUCGAGGACUGGAAAAAUUGUCAGAAAAGAAGAUAUAAAUGCUUUGGAUGGCGGCUGGGUGGAGCCGACACAAUCUACGCGGUUUAUUCCUGCGGACCCGAGUAAUGACCGGCCUGAGGAUGGCUACAUAGAUACGGUCAUCCAUGAAGGACGUGAUCAGCUAGCCUACUUUACGCCUCUCGAUAAUCCUAAACCUCUCAUCCUCACAAAAGGUCACUCCGAGGUCGUGAAUUCUCCGUCAGGUGUAGACCUGAAGAGAGGGCUGGUUUAUUUCGUUGUUGCUGGCAAUGAGCCGUGGGAACGACAUGUCUAUAGCGUAAAAUUUGAUGGGACUGCACUUCAGCCAGUGACGAAUGUGUCGGAGAGCAGUUAUUAUGAUGUCUCUUUCUCAGACGGCGCCGGAUACGCUUUGUUAAAUUUCCGGGGGCCCAAAGUACCUUGGCAGAAGGUUAUUAGCACUCCCGCCAACGAAAACCCGUUUGAAGAAAUUAUAGAGCAGAAUAACCACCUGUCUAGAAAGCUUCGUCUCUUUUCCCUGGAAUCGAAAGUUUUCCAGUAUAUCAAUAUUGACGGUUUCUCGCUACCCGUGUUAGAACGACGUCCGCCAAAUUUCGACCCAACGAAAAAAUAUCCUGUUCUUUUCUAUUUAUAUGGCGGGCCCGGGUCACAAACCGUUGACAAAAAGUUCGGUGUCGAUUUCCAGAGCUAUGUUGCUUCUACUCUGGGAUAUAUUGUUGUGACUGUGGAUGGUCGAGGCACCGGUUAUAUUGGCCGGAAAUCCCUCAGCUUAGUUCGAGGAAAGCUUGGGCAUUAUGAGGCUCGAGACCAAAUAGAAGUUGCCAAAAAAUGGGCGGCAAAACCAUAUGUUGAUGAGUCUAGGAUGGCCAUAUGGGGCUGGAGCUACGGAGGUUUUAUGACUCUGAAGACGAUCGAGGAGGACGGGGGACGAACAUUUCAGUAUGGAAUGGCGGUAGCACCGGUGACUGAUUGGCGGUAUUAUGAUUCCAUAUAUGCCGAACGUUAUAUGCACACCCCUCAACACAACCCGCAGGGUUAUGACAGUUCCGCUAUUUCCAACACUACCGCGUUAGCAAACAGUGUUCGUUUCCUGGUGAUGCAUGGAACAGCUGAUGAUAACGUCCACAUCCAAAACACGCUGACCCUGCUCGAUAAACUGGACCUGGCCAACGUUGAUAACUACGAUGUUCACGUCUUUCCAGACUCCAACCACAAUAUCAAUUACCAUAAUGCGCAUAAAAUGGUUUACACUCGCCUUGCUGACUGGCUCGUCAACGCUUUCAAUGGUCAAUGGCUGAAGACCAAUAAUCCUACACCGAACGAUUCUCUAUUUCGACGCGUGGCCACAUGGGCUGGUCUAUAUAAAUUCAAACACCUGUGUUGA